CCCCUCGCUGCCUAAGUCUGCCUUCAGCCAACCGGCUCCGCUCCUCGCAAAAACACGGCUUCCUUUCAGCUCCGCGGCAGGGGCUUCCCCUCAGCCUCCUCCGCCGCCGCCGGCCGAGCCCCGCCGCGCCCGCGGCCUGCGGCCGCCAUGCAGUUUAUGUUGCUUUUUAGUCGUCAGGGAAAGCUCCGACUGCAGAAAUGGUAUGUCCCACUAUCAGACAAAGAGAAGAAAAAGAUCACAAGAGAACUUGUUCAAACCGUUUUAGCACGGAAACCUAAAAUGUGCAGCUUUCUUGAGUGGCGAGAUCUGAAGAUUGUUUACAAAAGAUAUGCUAGCCUGUAUUUUUGCUGUGCUAUUGAGGAUCAGGACAAUGAACUAAUUACCCUGGAAAUAAUUCAUCGUUAUGUGGAAUUACUUGACAAGUAUUUUGGCAGUGUGUGUGAACUUGAUAUCAUCUUUAAUUUUGAGAAGGCUUAUUUUAUUUUGGAUGAAUUUCUUUUGGGAGGGGAAGUUCAGGAAACGUCCAAGAAAAAUGUCCUUAAAGCCAUUGAGCAGGCUGAUCUACUGCAGGAGCCACGUCAUGAAUAUUUUAAUGUCCCUGUGUAUUAAAUGACUACUACUCAUCGUGUAUGCAGAAUUUCCCAGAGGAAAUAGAGAGCUGAUAUACUUAUGAAAGAAAAAUAUCCUCAGCUUGGUGACUGAUUAUCUUGUAUAAUAAUAAUAAUAGAACAUUUCAGAACCAAUACCUUUACAAUUGUAAUUUUUUUCCUGUUCUCAUUCCUCUUCUGCUUUAUUUUCAUUUUAUAUGUGAUCUUGAUAUAGUAUAUUCCUGCUCACAACUGGUUUAAGUUAUUCUUGAAAAAAUAUGACCUAUGAAUGUUCUAAUAUUUAAUCUUAAACACAUACAUGUCAUUAUAAACUAUCUGUGAUUAAUCUUGUAAGAGGAAAACCUAGCAAUCGUUAAAAUGCUUACCAAAGAAAAUACAGCUGAAAUGCUAGGCGGAAAUAAGCAGUAUCAUAUAGUGUGCUUUGGUCAUCAAAUGUUGGGGAUUUGGGGGGAGAAACUAAUGCGCCUAUAGUAUAGUCUAUAUGAGCUUAUGUGUUCUAAUGUAUCACAUUAAAAGAAAAGGCUAUUUGGAAAUAGUACAAGAAAGUAAAAAUCUAUGCUAUUCUAUUUAAGGUAAACCAUUCAGUUUUUAAGAAAUGUGUAAUGUCUUAUUUAUUGAAUCACACUUGUGCUAUAAUAAUAUUGAACAAUCCCCUUAAGAGCUGUGAGAAAGCCAAAUCAGAAGUCUCUUCAAUAUCUAUUGCUCAAUAGUAAAUAACCUUUUCAAAGUAUUAAUACUGAGUUUAUAUAGUUAAAAUUCCAGUAUUCAGUUUAAAUAGUAAUAUUUUACUUGUUAGGGUUUUAUAAGUUCUUCAUUUAAGUACAAGUAUUUGUUAACUGUUGUUUUUACAUUUGUGAAUAUUAAAAUGUUUAAUAUUGAUCAUUCUUGUGUAUGCUUUUAAUAAAACAUGCAACAUAUUUUAUUAUAAAAGGAAAGUGCCAAAUAAUUCAUAUCUAGAGAGUUCAAAGCCUGACUUGAGUAAGCUAUCUUAAAACAGUAAAUUCAAAAGAUGCUCAUACUGGUUUACCACUGAAAGAAAACCUUUGAAAAUUGUGUAUUAGGCAGGUCUGCAGAUCGGUUAUUUCCAUUCGUAACCAUUCUUGCUGUACUGCAUUACAUUUGAAGCACCUGGAUGGGCUUUCAAAUGAGAAGUUUAGCAUUAUACAUUGAAAGCAUUGGGAAACAGUAGUCCUUCAUUUCCAUUUUUUCCUUUAUCCUCCCCCCUGCCUUGCAUUAUGUUGUUCAUCUGGUUUUAAUGCUGCAAAAAUGUGCAUUGUCUCAUGCCUGUUUGCUUUGGAUGCUGUGUGCUGAGCUAUAAUAAGAUGUUGCUUCUUUUAUCUGUAUACAGCUGCUUGCUUUAAAUUAGGAGAUUCUGAAAUAGCUUUCCUUGCAUGCCUAAAAUAAAAAUAUUGCAUGUACUUUGUCUCAUGUGAAUGACUUUUUUCUUCUCAAUCCCUUUUGACAGAUAAUAUAUUUUCUGUUUUAGUUUUUCCAGGUAAUCUUUUUAAGUGUGGUAAAAAGCACAUAACAUUAAAUUGACCAUCUUAAUAACCAUUUUAAGUGUACAGUUCGGUGGCAUUAGGCAUAUUCACAUUGUUGUGCAACAGAUCUCUAGAAUUUUUUCAUCUUACAGAACUGAAACUCUAUACCCAUUAAACAACUUCCCAUACCGGUU